AUGUCCCGUCGUCAUGCGAUUCGUCGUUACAAACCGAGUUUGGAUGAAGAACAGACCAGAGAUGCUAUGAAGGUUUUAGAAAAAUUCGUCCGCAAAAAGUAUAGAAAUUCCGUACUUGUUGGCACGAACGAUUUCGAUCUCAACACAUCUGAGCUUUUGACACCUCAGCCAACGCCGAGUCGACCUGCUUCAGGAUUUCAGUUCCCUCUCCCGAGC